GUUCUCGCGGGCGCGGACAGUGGCGGCCGUUGGCUGCGGGCGGUUGGUCACCCCGCGAGGGCGAGUUGGCGGGGGGUUUGCGAGCGGAGUUCCUCCUCAGACCUCCGCUGGAGCAAGAGCCACCCAGACAAGCACCUGAGGAGAGACAGUUUGACCCCCCCGGGAGCCUCAGUGUCCCAUCUCUAGCAGCCCCCCGCCUGUGCAGCCUUUAUAACUGCCUGGUAGAUGCCAGUAUGAGCCUUAAAACCAUCUGGAAGAACUACAAAGUUUUGAUUGUUAUGGGAACUAGCCUUGGGCUGAUACAUUGGGGGUGGUAUAAGAUCAAGUCCAAUUCUAUUUUCCAAACAAAAAGAGAGGACUAUGUACCAGAACCUGGCAUUGUGACAUAUGUGAUGCAACAUGAAAGCCAAAAUAAAGGAAAAUAAUAGUAGUACUAUAUAUAAAAAGAUAUAAUUAACCUUGAAAGUUUGCAUCUGCGAUCUUGCCAACGAAGGAAGAAAUGAGAAAAACCAGUUGGAUUAGAAAGAACUGGCUGCUUGUGGCAGGAUUUUCAUUUCUGGGUGUCCAUCUUGGUACAUAUUUUAUACAAAGAGCUGCAAAGAACUCUGCUAAAUCAGCCUUGGAAGUUAAACAAAAGAAUCUUGAAGAAUGAAAUAAUUUUCUCCAAUCAUCACAUAUCCAUUUAUCAUUAUUAUAUUUGGACUCCAGAUUCAAAUAUUAAACAAUGAACAGCUACGUGGACAUAGUUGUCAUUCUGUAUUCAUGGUUUCCUUUUUAUAAUAUGUUUGGCUUCAAAGAGGAAAAAUAUACUUCUGUAGAUUAAAACUUCUCUAACUUAUGGAUUCAAGGAAGAGUGGAAUAAACUUGAAAAUUUGUUGAUCAGAAUAAAAAGCUUGUCUUGAAGAUGUCUCGCAUUGAAGCUAAAAAGCCUUCAUUGUGUACCGACAAACCUUUAACUAAAGAUGUAGUUAGUUUCUCUCUGUCUGUAUUAAGUGGUAUAGUAAAAUCUUGCUAUGGCCCUACGGGUAGACUCAAACAGCUCCACAAUGGUAUGGGAGGCUAUGUUCGCAUAACUUCACAAUCUUCUGCUUUGCUUGGUGGUCUUUCUGUUACCCAUCCAGUAUUAAACCUUCUGACAGCCUCUGUAAAGAAUCAUAUAUCACGCUUCAGUGACUGUGGGUUAUUUACUGCCAUUCUUUGCUGCAGCUUGGUUGAAAAUUUUCAAAGAAUAAACUUUGAGUCUAGUACGGUCACUAAAAUAAGUAGACAUCUUUUGAGUUCAUGUAUUGACUAUCUCAAGUCUGAGGCCUGUGGUUGCCGAUUAUCAGUUGAUUUUGACAGUAUUAAGACCCUUCUUUCUUUGGUACGUAGCAUAUUAGCAAGCAAGCCUGCUUGCAUGCUUAACAAAACAGAAGCCAGUUACAUCAGCACACUGAUUUUAAAGGCUUUUCUACUUACAAUUCCACAUUCUGUUGAAACUAAUGUUGUUUUAGGAAAGUGUGUAAUUGUACCUGUGAAAGAUAAAAGAGUUAUGGAGUCUGCUGUAUAUCCUGGACUACUGAUAGAAAUACCAGUGUUUCAGUUGGCAAGUAUAUUUCCUGUCAAAAGAGUUUCUUCAAGUACUAUCAAGAUGGCCCUUUUUUGUAUCUCUCUGUCAGGAGACCUUUCCAAUAUUGGAGAUGGACCUGUCAUUGUUCAUCACGGCAUUUCUCUAGAAGUAGCAGUACUGGAUCAGUUGCUUAAUUUAGGAAAGCAGUUGGUUAAUGACCAAGUAGGCCUUGUAGUGUGCCAGAAAGUUAUCCACCCAUCUUUGAAACAAUACCUGAAAGAGCAUCGUGUCAUCACUAUAGACAGAGUUGGAUUAUCAAUGGUAGAGCCGCUGAGUCAAAUGACAGGUUCACAGCCUAUUGCUGCCCUACAUUCUCUAUCUCCUACUUGUUAUGGCAGUCUGAAGGAUUUGCGCACUGAGAAUUUUGUUUCAAAACAUUUUUGGCAUCUAAUUCCUAAUGACAUUCUUGUCUGCAGUUUGAUACUCUGUAACAGAAAUGAAAUGGCAUGGGAUGAGCUGAAGCAUGUAUGUCAAACGGCUGAACAUGUUUUACAACUAACAAUCAAGCAACCCUUGGCACUGUUAGGAGGUGGUUGCACAGAAACUCAUUUGGCUUCGUACAUAAAACACAAGAGUUCUACCCUUUCUACCGGUAUUUUAAAAGCCAUAGAUUGUUCACAGACACAAUACCAAUUGGUUGCUGAUGCCUUUUGCCGUUCGCUGGAAUGCGUAGCUUGCUGCCUGGAACAUGAUGAUGGUGAAAUUCUUACUGAUAUGGUUUAUGGACAUUUUUGGUCAGUUCAGUCAGGAUUUCCCUCUGACUGUAACUGGUCAGAUUUAGUUUUGAAGUGUGGUUGUGGUAUUUACAAUAAUCAACGGAAUCUCAAUUGGACAGUUUUACAACGCCAAUGUAUCCCUUUUAUCCCACAAAGCUGUUCUAAUAGGCCUUCUGUAAACGCCACUGACCAUCUUGUAUUGGACUGUUUUACUGCAAAAUGUAGUGGUCUACAAGUGGCAGUGGAAACAGCCAAUCUGAUAUUGGAUUUGUCAUACAUAGUUGAAGAUCAAAAUUAGUUUAACUUUCAUCUGCAUGAUUUUGAACUGCAUAUUUGUUUGAUAAACUUCCAAAGCAGCUUAAAUAAUAUAGUAAAAGACUAUUAUGCAGGAUCAGAGUCUAUAAACAGAAUUUUAAUGUCAGGCAUAGUUGCUCAUUAAGCUAUUUGUCUGAUCCCAACUCCAGUUAUAAGCAUUAUCAAAUAUAUUUAACAUUUUAUUAGAAAAAUUAAACAAUAAUCUAGUGUGCACUCAGAAAACCAAAUUUUAUUAACACACGAUAAGAAUUCAGACUAUACUGUAUUACAUAUAUACAAACUGUAUAUUCAAAUAUGCAUAAUUAUACUCACAACUAUAUUAAAAGGAAGAGUAAGGUUGCCACAUGAAGCUCUCUAAAGUUAAAAAGUGCCAGAAUUAAGGUUGGCUGUGCAACCUUAAUAGAGCUUCCUUGUGUGUAUUAAGUAUGAUUCAGUCUUUAAUGCAUGGGUUCCAUUGUUUGAGAACAAAUAAUUGUUCUUAACUAAUUUUGGGGUGCUGAGUUCAAAUUAUAUCCAUUUUUACCCAUGACACGGGUUUUCUGAAAACUGGAGUCUACUUUUUAAAAAAAUGCUAUUAUAAUGUGUUAUACAUGGUGAAAUGCAUAAAAAGUUGUCAAAAAAACUUCGAUUCAGUCGCAUCUAAUCAUUUAAAAUUACUCAAUUGUUAAAUUUCACACUUUCCUCCUUUGUUCUUUAAACAAGGACUUACUGCAGACCUUGCAAAAGAACUAUAAUUUACUAUUUACCACGUUUUUAAUACAUAAGGUGGAAUAAAAAGCAUGAAAAAUGUCCAUUUUUUUCUUAUUGAUUUGUGAAAAAUCCUUAUGUGAUAGAGCAAAAUGGAUGCCGUUUUUGAAAUCAGCAUAGCAAAAUUAUGUAAAGUCACCAAUUUUUAUCAAAACAACAGAAACUUUGUUUCAAUUUGCAGACCAAUGUUAUCUAAUCACAUUGUACUUUUUUCACAAGACCCUGACUCAUUCAGUCCACAGAAUGGCAGGUGCUGAGUGAGCAGCUAUUCAAUAUUUUGUUAUAUCCUCAUGUGACUACAUGUCUUAUUUACUUCAUACUAUUCAAAUCAUGCUCCAAAGACAGAAUUAUUAAUUUUUUAUGAGCUUUUGUAUGGCUCUCAUCUCUAGUUAUCUGAGUGCUUCACAAAUUAAUUUAUUCUUAUAAUACUCUCGUGAGAUGAAGAGCUAGUAUUCCUGUUUACCAGAGGGGGGGCCGUGUCAUUUUUACAAUCCAAUGAAAAAGUCUUAUUGCACCUAUGUUGUGCAGUUUGUUUGGUACAGUGAGGCAUAUAUGUUAUAGGAAAAAAUGUUAUGAAUAUAAAAUAUGGAAUAAACAAUAGUUUGCUUCUGUCACCACUAUAACAAACCAUUGUAUCAUUUUGAUUUCCUAUAUAAAAUGUAAUAUUU